UGGGGGAUAGCAUGGCGAAGCGGCCAGCGGCUGGAAGUGAAACAUCACUCGAGUAUAAACUCACCGAUAUCCCUCCCGUACACCUCUGCUUCAUCUUCGGGCUCCAGCAAGUGUUACUCAGUAUAAGCUCUACCAUCUCUAUCCCGCUGGUGGUCAGUAGGUAUGUGUGUGCUGACCACUUGGAUCUGGUCACCGCCGAGAUCAUGGCCACAUUCCUGUUCAUGUGUGGAGUCUGCACCCUGCUUCAGGAUCUUCUUGGCGUCAGGUUACCGAUCCUUCAAGGCGGUUGUCAUAAGUUCCUGCCCGCAAUCGCAGCCUUGAUGUCCCUUGACGUCUGGAAGUGUCCACCAAAAGAACUGAUGAAAUCCGUUUGGAAUGGAACCGAAGCAGAUGCAGUAGACUUGAACGUCACCUUGUACGACGACACAGAAGUUUGGCAAGCGAGGAUGAGAGAGAUUCAGGGAGGGAUUAUGCUGGCCUCACUCGUGCAAGUCGCCAUUGGUUGCACAGGCAUCCUGGGAUUUCUGCUGAACUAUUUGGGACCAUUGACUAUCAUUCCCUGCAUCACCCUUGUUGGCCUGUCAUUGGUGAACGUCGCCCUGAACUUCUGCGCAAGUCAAUUGGGUAUAGCUGCUCUGACGGUAUGCCUGAUUUUCGUCUUCUCUCUGUAUCUGGGUAAUAUUAAACCUCCUCUACCGGCCUGGAGUAGAAAAGAAGGCCUCCAUAUCAUUAACUAUCCAGUUUUUAAACUAUUUUCGGUUAUCCUGACUGUGAUCAUUGCAUGGGGAUUAUGUGCGAUACUCACCUCCUAUGAUGUAUUCUUACCCACGGGGCCCGAGAAGAUGGCACGCACAGAUGCCAAGCAACACGUGCUACAACAGUCUCGAUGGUUCUUUUUCCCAUAUCCUGGCCAAUGGGGAAUGCCAACCAUCAGCUCGGCGAGCUUUGCUGCGAUGUUGGCAGCGACCAUAACCUCCAUCAUUGAAUCCGUUGGAGAUUACUACGCAUGCGCGCGAAUAAGUGACGUUCCCCCGCCACCGGCGCAUGCUGUGAACAGAGGGAUUUUCAUUGAGGGUGUAGGAAGCUUACUCUCUGGAGCGGUGGGGUCCGGGGGUGCUACAACCUCUUACAGCCAGAACGUGGGGGCUAUAGGAUUCACUAGGGUAGCAAGCCGUGCUGUGUUCGUGACAGCCGGCCUGAUCUUCCUGGUGUCAGGGGUCCUGGGUAAGCUGGGGGCCUUUCUCACCAUGAUCCCGGAUCCCGUGCUUGGCGGGGUCCUCCUCGUGGGCUUUGGACUAGUCACUUCCGUCGGGUUGUCCAACAUGCAGUUUGUGAACAUGACGUCAUCUCGAAACCUCACCAUCAUUGGCUCUGCCAUGCUGAUUGGUUUGAUGGUGCCAGAGUAUCUCCACAAGUACCCGGAUGUUAUCAACACAGGUAACUCGGAAUUUGAUCAGGCUAUAAAGGUGUUACUGUCCACCUCGAUGUUUGUGGGGGGAGCUUUGGGGUUUAUACUGGACAACACAGUACCAGGUAGUGAUGAGGAACGGGGCAUCUUGAAGUGGCGAGCUCAGGUGGAGCUCACGUGUGAGGACGAUACCGGCACUCCCACGGACAUUAGUACCUAUGAUUUACCUCUCAUAAUGCCAUGUCUUAAGAAGCUCGCCUGUUCUCGUUACAUUCCGUGUCUCCCCGGAUUCAAUGUCCGGCCGCCAAAGAUACCGUCCGCCUACUGCCGGAAAAAACGGAAGGCUAAUAUUAACCCUUAGACGAUUUUCGAACGUAUCAGACACAAUUGCAUAUAAAUAAAUUGCAAGCUAUAUUUUUAUCAGUUUGUAAAACAAUGCAUUUCAUAUUUUUAUACUCGACUCAGAUAACCGAAGAAGCUACAAUCAUGUUGUAAUGUAUUUCACGGCGACUUACA